UAUUGAAAUCAGUCAUCAGUAUUCUUAAGUUUUUAAUAAAUGUUCACUUAUAUUGUAUUUACAUGAGACUGAUUUAAAAUGUCUGAAAGUGUCGUUGAAGUGUCCCCAUAUAAAAACGUUGCACAAACAAGUGAUAUUGAUGAAAUCGAAAAAACUUUAUCCAGAGUAAACAUUGUUUCGCCAGUUAAACGGGGCAGAUCGAGAAAAAGCACUAUACCAACAACUCCAAAGAAAUCUGAAUCCAUUGAACAGGAAACUUCUUCACCUAAAAGAAAAACUGAAAGUCCCAAGUGGCUGGCUUCUUAUGUUAGUCCUACAAAGACUCGAAGAAUAGUUUCACCUGCACCUGAAAAUGUUUCUCUAACAACUAAACCAUCACUGGACGACUCUUUUAGGCGAACUGUUCUUAAAAUAAAUUUAACUCAAUGUCUUGAUCCUGAACACCAAGAAAAGAAGGCUAAUUCAAGAAGAACAACCAGACAUUAUUAUUAUGAAUCAUGCAGUGAUUCUGAUAGCAAUGAACAACUUAUAGUUACAGGGAAAAGGGAGGUGAAACCUCCUGUGAAGUAUUCAGAUGAGUGUACACAACCUGCUACACCAAGUUCCACCAGAAGUACAAGAAGGAAAACAAGAAAUUAUUAUUAUGAAUAUUUAAGUGAAUCUUCUGAUACUGAAAAUGUAAUAAUAGAUAGUAAAAGAGUAAUUAAAACACCCACUAAGUAUUUAAAUAGUGAAGUAACUAAAACCCCAAGUCGAAGGGGAAGAAAACCUUUAAAUAAAGUUGAAACUAAUAUAACAACACCAAGUAAAACAACUCAACAAGUUGAUAGCUACACAAGUUAUAAUAAUUUUCUAGAAGUUAAAUCCACUCCAUCAAAAAGAGGUCGAAAGCCAGGCAAAGCAGCUGAAAGUACACCAGUCACACCAAAGAAGAAACAUCCUGAUUCAGAUGAACUCAGUGAUGUUUAUACUCCAAGAAAUAGAAGACUGACAAACGUUCAAACACCAAAGAGUAGCAUUAAGGGCACCCCUAAAAAUCCUGCCAAGUUAAUCAGGGAUGGAGUGAUAACACCUUCUAUACAUGCUCGAGAAAAGUCAAUAGUGGGUGACAGUACUCCUUUGAUGAAAGCUAGAAGCCAGUUGCAUGUGUCUCACGUACCAACUGCAUUGCCAUGUAGAGAAAAGGAGUAUGCUGAUAUAAAUCACUUUUUGGAGGGCAAAUUGCUAGAUGGUUGUGGAGGUUGUAUGUACAUUUCUGGUGUACCUGGAACUGGAAAAACUGCAACAGUUACUGCUGUGAUCAAUAGUCUACUUGAAAAGAAAAAAAUUCCUAAAUUUGAAUAUGUUAGCAUAAAUGGAAUGCGACUUACUGAACCCAGACAAUCAUAUGUUGAGAUUUUGAAACAGUUAACAGGAAAAACAGUUCCUUGGGAACAAGCUCAAUCAAUGUUGGAAGAAAAAUUUACCAAAACAAAGAAGAAAGGUCUUCCAGUUGUUAUGCUCAUUGAUGAGUUGGACAUUUUAUGUACGAAAAGGCAAGACGUUGUUUAUAAUUUAUUAGACUGGCCCACAAAGGCCAAAAAUCAACUUAUUGUAAUAACUAUAGCCAAUACCAUGGAUCUCCCUGAAAGGUUACUGAUGAGCCGAGUAACCAGUCGUUUAGGAUUAACACGUCUAACAUUCCAAGCUUACACGCAUAAACAACUCCAAGAAAUAGUCACCAGAAGGCUGACAGGAACCAACAGCUUUAACCCUGAUGCCAUACAAUUGGUUGCCAGAAAAGUGGCGUCCGUGUCGGGCGACGCCCGUCGCGCCCUCGACAUCUGCAGACGUGCAGCCGAAAUGGCUGAAAUGGAGGACGCCAAUGGCCUGGUGUCGAUGCAGCACGUCAACGAGGCCCUGAACGCGAUGAUCACCCAGCCCAAGGUCCGGGCCAUAAGAAGGUGCUCGCGUCUCGAGCAACUGCUGCUGCAGGCCAUCGUGGCCGAGGUGGAGAGGACGGGAGUGGAAGAGACCAUCUUCGCGGACAUUUACAAGAUGUUUUCAACUGUAGCGGCGCUGGACGACUUCAAAAUGGUCUCUUGUACAAACGCUUUAGCGGCAAUUUCGCGUUUAAGCGCAUCACGAUUAAUUCUGACGGAUACCAAAUGUAACGACAUUUAUCAAAGGAUUAUUCUUAAUGUUAGUGUUGACGACGUGUAUUAUGCUUUAAAAAGGGACUGAGUCAUUUUUGUUUGCUCUGAUAUGGUAAAUUGGUGCGACUCGGGUACAUGUUUUAUUGGCACAGUUUUAUAUUUAUGUUUUUUUUUAAUGUUGUAACAUAUAAGUGCUUAUUUACCAUACCAAGAAGAAACAGAAACGGUUUUAUUUAUACAUUUUUUUAUUUAAAUAUUUUUAAUUAUGAAUGUUUAAUUGUGUUCUAAUAAAUGUUUGUCCAAUA